GUGCUUUCAAGCACUGUCGGUGCACAACCAGCCCCAACGACAACUCCGAUCCGAUCCUACUGUGACAGGGAACAACACCCCUCGGACUCCUCACAGGUAUCAGGCGCAACUUCACCGGAACCAGGGACACGCAUCUCACUGCCAGAUCUGCCAGCUUGCAGGACAAGAGGCUCAGGACACUCACCACGGGCAUAAGAUGAGGCUCGUACCACAUACCGCUUCUUGAAUGUCGUGCCGGAGCUCAACUCGGUAGCAUCGUCGUAAAGUACAGAGCAACUCGCCUGGCUGCCGGCGUCACCGUCACCGUCACCGUCACCAUGUCUAUGCUCCAGCUUGAGAAGGAUGUGCAGAAGCUCGCGAGCUCUGCGAAGCUCUCAGAUGCCGUCCAAGAUGUCGACAAGCUCAUCGACUUGCUGCUCGCUGCGAAAGAACGGAUCGCGACAGCGAGCGAACCGCACACCACCGGCCUGACCCUGACCAAGCUCCAGAACCCUGUCCGGGAGGGACUUGAAGCUCUCAACACCGACCUGAAAAAGGUCCACAAGGCCCAGAAUGACUUCAACAAGUCGCUCAAGGGCGCCUUCGCCAAGGUCAAGGGCGAGCUGCCCACCGACCACGACCCCAUGGAGGCACACCAGCACCUCAUCAAUCGCGCAAUCGCCAUGCACCUCCUGCGCGAGGGGCAGUUCAACGUGGCAUCUACCUUCAUCGACGAGGUCCAGCCGGAACAGGAGGAUGCGCCUUCGCCCUCCGCCACGCUGCAUCACGCCAGCUAUGACGAGAGUGCCUCUGGCGGAGAUGCCAUGAUCACGGAUGCCGAUAUUCCGGCCGACCUCACCGCUUUGCAGUCGCAGGCCCUGCAAAGCCAGUUCUCAGAUAUGUACUCGAUCCUGUCAUCUCUCAAGGACCACGACCUCCUUCCGGCAAUAGAGUGGGCUCGGGCAAACAACGCCGAGCUCGAGGCCCGUGGCUCCAAUCUCGAGUUCGAGCUGUGCAAGCUCCAGUUCAUCUGGCUGUUCAAGGGCCCUUCUAUCAACGGGCUGCCUAGCGGGCCAGGUAACGGCGUGCCGGGGGCACUCGCGUAUGCGCGGGACAACUUUGGACACUUCCAGCAACGCCACAUGAAGGAGAUCCAGAAGCUCAGCGGCGCGAUCGUAUACUCGCCAAACCUCGCGACGUCGCCGUACCGCUCGGUGUUUGACAUAUCACUGGCAUUCGAAGAGGUGGCCGCGUCCUUCACCCGCGAGUUCUGCUCCCUGCUCGGCUUGUCUGCCGAGUCGCCAUUGUACGUGGCGGCCACUGCUGGAUCGCUCGCCCUGCCGCAGCUCGUCAAAUACACAUCGAUCGGCAAGGCCAAGGGCACCGAGUGGACGACGACCAACGAGCUCGCAUUCGAGACGCCGCUGCCGAAGAGCAUGGUAUAUCAUUCCAUCUUCGUGUGUCCCGUCAGCAAGGAGCAGUCAACCGACAUUAACCCGCCGAUGAUUCUGACCUGCGGCCACGUGCUGGCCAAGGAGAGUCUGAUCAAGAUUGCCAAGGGUAACAGGACGUUCAAGUGUCCCUACUGCCCCGGGGAGUGCAGCAUUAAGGAUGCCAGAGAGAUUGUCUUGUAGCAUGGUGGAGCAGGCGCAAAGUCGUAUCAGUUAUCUCAGGGAAUCGGCGUAAGAGGGAUAUCACGUUGCGGUACUUUUCCAUGAUUUAGUAGUUUUGGUGACUUGGCGUUUUUGGAUCAGCUUUUUUUCUUGGAAUCUUGGGCUUCUGCGCUUGUCAUUGCACAAUUUUCAAACACGUAGCGUUUUACUAGACUAGUAUUU